AUGCAGAUCGCAGACAGGAGACCCAGGGGCCCCAGGCUGGCAGACACAGGGGCCACACUGAGUGCGAGGACCUCGGCUUCCACCUGCUCCCAGAGAGGGAUCCCUGUAUCCACUACUACACCAACUACCACCUGCUCCCAGAGGGGGAUCCCUGCACCUACUACUACACCAACUACCACCUGCUCCCAGAGGGGGAUCCCUGCACCUACUAUUACACCAACUACCACCUGCUCCCAGAGAGGGAUCCCUGCACCUACUACUUCACCAACUACCACCUGCUCCCAGAGGGGGAUCCCUGCACCUACUACUACACCAACUACCACCUGCUCCCAGAGGGGGAUCCCUGUAUCCACUACUACUAUUACACCAACUACCACCUGCUCCCAUAAGGGGAUCCCUGCACCUACUACUACACCAACUACCACCUGCUCCCAGAGGGGGAUCCCUGCACCUACUAUUACACCAACUACCACCUGCUCCCAGAGGGGGAUCCCUGCACCUACUAUUACACCAACUACCACCUGCUCCCAGAGAGGGAUCCCUGCACCUACUACUACACCAACUACCACCUGCUCCCAGAGAGGGAUCCCUGCACCUACUACUUCACCAACUACCACCUGCUCCCAGAGGGGGAUCCCUGCACCUACUACUACACCAACUACCACCUGCUCCCAGAGGGGGAUCCCUGUAUCCACUACUACUAUUACACCAACUACCACCUGCUCCCAGAGAGGGAUCCCUGCACCUACUACUACACCAACUACCACCUGCUCCCAGGUGGGGAUCCCUGCACCUACUACUACACCAACUACCACCUGCUCCCAGAGGGGGAUCCCUGUAUCCACUACUACUAUUACACUAACUACCACCUGCUCCCAGAGAGGGAUCCCUGUAUCCACUACUACUAUUACACCAACUACCACCUGCUCCCAGAGAGGGAUCCCUGUAUCCACUACUACUAUUACACCAACUACCACCUGCUUCCAGAGAGGGAUCCCUGUAUCCACUACUACUAUUACACCAACUACCACCUGCUCCCAGAGAGAGAUCCCUGUAUCCACUACUACUAUUACACCAACUACCACCUGCUCCCAGAGGGGGAUCCCUGUAUCCACUACUACUAUUACACUAACUACCACCUGGUCCCAGAGAGGGAUCCCUGUAUCCACUACUACUAUUACACCAACUACCACCUGCUCCCAGAGGGGGAUCCCUGUAUCCACUACUACUAUUACACCAACUACCACCUGCUCCCAGAGAGGGAUCCCUGUAUCCACUACUACUAUUACACCAACUACCACCUGCUCCCAGAAAGGGAUCCCUGUAUCCACUACUACUAUUACUCUAACUACCACCUGCUCCCAGAGAGGAAUAUCUGCAUCCACUACUACUUCUACGCGAACUACCACCUGCUCCAAGGUGGGGAUCCCUGCAGCUACUACUACUACUACUACUAUUAAACCCACUACCACGUGCUCCCAAGCCAGGAUUCCUGUACCCACUGCAACAGCAAACAUUACCACCUGCUCCUAG